UGGACACACCUCUCCUAGCAGCAAAAGAAAAACAAGAUAUCACAAACAUUUGUAGUUCAUCCAUCACAUAAAACUUUCAACCAGAUUUCCAUAUUUUCCUAAUUUAGCUCUACUACAGUUCAUGACAGACACCCAAAACCUCAAAACUUCUCUUCAGAUCAUUUCCUUGAGUCUUUCUUCUUCUUCUUUUGUUGUCUGUUAAUAAACCUUAAUUAUUUGUUCUGAGGAAGCAAGGGGGUUCAGGUUUAAUUUGUGUAAAAAAGUAAGAGAUGAAACUCACCAAGGUGGAUUCUAUGUGUUCUCGUACUGGGAGGGACUUGCAGAGGUAUAAUGUUCAAGGUUGUCGCCAGGUUGUUGGCUGCAUUCCGUACAGAUACAGGGAAGGCAAGCAAUCAGCAGGUUCCAUUAUUCAUGGGGCCCCCCUAGUUGAUGAUCUGGAAUUCCUUCUGGUCAGCUCUCAGAAAAGUCCAAGGAUGAUGUUUCCUAAGGGUGGUUGGGAACAGGAUGAAUCUUUGGAAGAAGCGGCUCUUCGAGAAACCUUUGAGGAGGCUGGAGUAUAUGGAGAGGUUGGGAGUUGUUUAGGCAAAUGGUUUUUUAAGAGCAAGAGCCUAGGAGUAUUACAUGAGGGGUUCAUGCUGCCUUUGAUUGUUCUGGAGGAGCUUGACGAUUGGCCUGAGAAAGAUGUUCGCCAACGAUCAUGGGUGUCGUAUAGGGAAGCCAUGGAAGUAUGCUUUCAUCCAUGGAUGAAGGAAGCUUUGGAUGUCUUGGUUUCUCAGCUUACCCUUCAACAAGAAGAAGAUGAGAAUGAGGCAAGAAAUGGCAUGAUGAGGAAUAUUGAAUUAGAGCCAAGCAUUGAAAUUUUGGCCCAGGGGAACAGAAAAGAAGAAACGAGAAUGAGUAGUGGUGUUGGUGAGAGUGUGAAAAGAAAGGUGGAAGAGCGUCAUCAUCAUCAGUUACUGAUAGAGAUCUUGGUGAGCGAUGAACCCCUCAGCAUUGUAGCUCAAAGUCUGCAUCAGAGAAAUGAAGAUCCCCGAACAAGCUGCUGUUCCUUUGAAUUCUUGAGGACGGAGGAACCAAGAAUGGGCAUCAGUCUGCAUAGAAAUGAAGAACCAAGAACAAGCUGUUCCAUGGAGUUCUUGAGGAAGCUAAGCUAGCUCGAUCGCCAGCAGAAGAAGAUCAGAGGAACUUGGUUGAUCGUUUCGUUUCUUAGCUUGCUAGCUUGCUAAUUAAAGGACACACAAAACAUGGAAACUUGGGUUCACAUGAAAGUAGAGGUUAAAGAACCUUAUUAAUUCCUAACAUGAUCAUUAUAUUCUUUCAUUCUUUAGCAAUGUAAUGAGAUCCAUCCAUUCUUUCAUCUCAAGCUGGUUCAGAUUCCCUGAACCAUUAGGUUAGAUAUUGUACAACCAUAUGAGCUGUACAGCCAUAGCCAUGUAAGCAAUAACAACACAAGUGUUUCUCAGUUCCCCUUCAUUCAACUAUCUGAUUCAGAAACUGAUGAAAAAGAUGGAUUAUUCUUUCGUUUUACCAGUCA